AUGGCUGAUACAAGUUCAAGGACAGAUGCCUCAACUGAUGGCGACACAGAUCCUAGAGAUCUGGGGUCUGAAAGAGGGAACGUGAUGCUUCCUGCUGCUUCUGAUUCCAGCGAUCGAUCUAAGGAUAAGUUGGAUCAAAAGACCCUUCGUAGACUUGCUCAAAACCGAGAAGCAGCAAGAAAAAGCAGACUGAGGAAGAAGGCGUAUGUUCAACAGCUUGAGAACAGCCGAUUGAAACUGACACAACUUGAGCAGGAGCUGCAAAGAGCAAGACAGCAGGGAGUUUUCAUCUCAAGCUCAGGAGACCAAGCUCAUUCUACUGGUGGAAAUGGGGCUUUGGCCUUUGAUGCCGAACAUUCACGAUGGCUUGAAGAAAAGAACAGGCAAAUGAACGAGCUAAGAUCUGCUCUGAAUGCUCAUGCUGGUAAUGCUGAACUCCGGAUAAUAGUGGAUGGAGUGAUGGCUCACUAUGAGGAGCUUUUCAGGAUCAAGAGCAACGCAGCUAAGAAUGAUGUCUUCCACUUGCUAUCUGGCAUGUGGAAAACACCAGCUGAGAGAUGCUUCUUGUGGCUUGGCGGGUUCCGUUCAUCUGAACUUCUCAAGCUUCUUGCGAAUCAGCUGGAGCCAAUGACAGAACGACAGGUGACGGGCAUAAAUAGCUUGCAGCAGACGUCCCAGCAGGCUGAAGAUGCGUUAUCUCAAGGGAUGGAGAGUUUACAGCAAUCUUUAGCUGAUACUUUAUCCAGUGGGACUCUUGGUUCUAGUUCGUCUGAUAAUGUCGCUAGCUACAUGGGUCAGAUGGCCAUGGCGAUGGGACAGUUAGGCACCCUUGAAGGAUUCAUCCGCCAGGCUGAUAACUUGAGGCUGCAAACGCUGCAACAGAUGAUAAGAGUGUUAACAACGCGUCAGUCAGCUCGUGCUCUUCUUGCCAUACAUGAUUAUUCAUCUCGACUACGUGCUCUUAGUUCCUUGUGGCUUGCCCGGCCAAGAGAGUGA